GUUAGAAACACUUCGCCCGACUUAUAAUAAUGUUGUUUUUCUUUAAUCCAUGUUUCAGUUUUAAGCAUUUCUAACUUAAAAUUGUUGAAAAUAGCGACAUGACAUGGAAAUUUAUUCGUUGCAUCACAGGAAUGGGCAAAUGAGCGUGUCACGGGAUGCAUGCUUUACGUAGAUUCAGUAGACGUAGAAUCGAUUUUGAUUUGCAGUACAGAAACACUUCAUCUGUUGUCAAAUGCUAUCAAGGCGAGCAUUGCAAGAUAUCGUUCAAAAAUGUGCAAGACAAAGAGCAAUCACGCAAGCCAAGGCUGCCCAUGCACAGAUUAUUCACUUUGGUUUUCAAUCAGACACUAUGACUUCGAACAUGCUUAUUAAUUUGUAUUCGAAAUGCAGCCUCGUUGACUACUCCCGCAAAGUGUUCGACGAAAUGCUUGAAAAAAGUCUGGUUUCUUGGAACACCAUGAUUGCUUCUUACACCCAUAACAUGAAUGAGCAAGAAGCUCUGAAUCUUUUUGUGAGAAUGCGAAGAGAAGGGUCUCAGUUUAGUGAAUUCGCUCUUUCUAGUGUUCUCUGCGCUUGUGCUGCCAAGGUUUUAGCAUUUGAGAGCAAACAGCUGCAUGCUUUUGCUGUGAAGGCAUCGAUCGAGUCGAAUGCUUUUGUGGGCACGGCUUUGCUUGAUGUUUAUGCCAAGUGCAAGUUGAUCAGUGAUGCUUUACAGCUCUUCGAGUCUAUGUCAGAAAAGAGUGAUGUCACUUGGAGUUCAAUGAUGGCAGGGUUUGUGCAAAAUGAACUUCACGAGGAGGCCUUAGUUUUGUUUCAAAGGGCACACAAGACUAAUUUGGAAACUAAUAAGUUCAUUAUUUCCUCGGUUCUUUGUGCUUGUGCUGCCUUGGCUGCUUUAAUAGAAGGAAAACAAGUGCAUUCCGUCGUUUGUAAAAGUGGUUUAGGUGCAAAUAUUUAUGUCGCUUCUUCUCUCAUAGAUGUGUAUGCAAAGUGUGGAGACAUUCAAGAGUCUUAUGUUGUGUUUUCUAAUGCAGAGGAUAAGAAUGUUGUUUUAUGGAAUACAAUGAUUGCAGGUUUUGCCAGACAUGCUAGACCUUUAGAGGCCAUGGUGUUAUUUGAGAAAAUGCAGCAGAUAGGCUUGUACCCAAAUGAUGUAACUUAUAUAUCUGUUUUAUCUGCAUGUGGUCAUAUGGGGUUGGUCAACAAGGGACAGAAAUAUUUUGACAUGAUGAAGAAAGAACAUAAUUUGUCACCCAAUAUCUUUCACUACUCAUGCAUGGUUGAUAUUCUUGGUAGGACAGGCCUAAUCAAAGAAGCUAAGGAUUUAAUUGACAAAAUGCCAUUUGAUGCUACUGCUUCCAUGUGGGGAUCCCUUUUGGCCUCCUGCAGGGUCUAUAGGAAUGUUGAGUUGGCUGAGCUAUCUGCUAAAAUGUUGUUUGAGAUUGAACCUAAUAACGCAGGAAAUCAUGUAUUGCUUUCCAACAUAUAUGCUGCACACGGAAGGUGGGAGGAUGUUGCAUCUGUCAGGAAGCUUCUUAAAAACAGCGAAAUCAAGAAGGAAAGAGGAAAGAGUUGGAUUGAAAUCAAAGACAAAGUUCAUUGUUUCAUGGUUGGCGAGCGAUGUCAUCAAAGGAUUGCUGAGAUAUAUUCAAGGUUGGAUAAAUUGCUGGAAGAGAUGGAGAAUUCAGGAUACAAAGGGGAUAUUGAUCAUGAUCUACAUGAUGUUGAAGAGAGUUACAAAAAGGAACUUCUGAAGCACCACAGUGAGAAGCUGGCUUUUACUUUUGGGCUAAUGUGCUUACCUUCUGGUGCACCUAUAAGAAUUAUGAAAAACCUCAGGAUAUGUGGGGAUUGCCAUGCUUUUAUGAAGGCUGCUUCAAUUUUAACGAGAAGGGAAAUCAUUGUAAGGGAUAACAAUCGGUUUCACCAUUUUAUUGAAGGGCAUUGUUCAUGUAAAGAAUUUUGGUAAUAUGAAGCAUGGCAUAGAAAGCUAGUUUCUAAUUAUGUACUUCAUCUCAUCUGUAAGAGGGUUGGAUCUACAAUUUUCGGGCAAUAUAGCUGAAAAAUGAUGUUUUCAGCAAUUUGACAGCUAUAAAUAUCAAAGACAAACCCUUCUAAGUUCAUGAGAACUUGCAUUUUCAUCCACCGAAAGAGCUAAAUACGUGUUUUUCUGGGGACAUUAGCAUCAUUGAACUUCCAUCUGCAGAUGGUUAGGUUGAGGAUGCCAACGAGAUACCAACAAAGGUUUGGCACGAGAAUGUACAUGUUCGAAAAGGAUGAGGGUGACAGAGGUGCAUUGUGAUUGAGGACUCCGAUUGUGCUGUUUUUAAUAGAAAAUUGCUUGAACAUUUCUUCAGCAAAGAACUUUCACUCUACAUUUGAUUUAUUUUUGAUACAGCAAGAAAUGAUUCAAUUUGUGAAGUCUAUGAUUCAUGUUCUUGGCUUACGUAUCCAUCUUCAUGUCUCGAACCUCGACUCCACCAAGGUGUAUUGUGGGAUCUGUGGCUCCGACUCCGAAUAUUACUGCUCCAAGGUGUAUUUAUGGCUUAUCUGAUAAGUUACACUGAAUUAGAUGGAGAACUCCCGAGCCUUGAGAUAAACUGAAUCAGAAGGUGAUCACAUUGACAGGUACUUUCGCUGGUCUAAAAGUAAUCAGAAUUGCAAUGGAUAGUAAAAAACCAUAUUGUUCAUGACAAGGUACAGGUGGGAUUAUUGACUUUUGUUUUUUAUAAUUGAUUUCAUCUAAGUAGAUAUCAACAUUUAACAA